AUGUACCUGUUCAAGUGCCUUGCAGGGCUAUCUGCAGUACUUCUAGGUGUCGCUGCUCUUCCGCAACCCAUACCUGCGCACACACCGGCCGCACUAUACGAUAUAGUUGAAAGAGCACCGGAGCCAACGCUUGAACCGAGGCAAGGUGCUGGUUCACAACCUAAGGGAUUCACUCAAGUCCCGUACGGUCCCGGUGCUCCUGUCUGGGCAACAGACCUUGAUCCUGCUGCACCUUGUGCCGAUCCCACAAUUCCGGACGCCUCUUGCUGGAAGGCUCUCGACUUGACGGGAUACAUCAACUGGUGGUGUGUCGGCUUGGCCUUUAUUCCCGACUUGGGCGCCCUCAUCAAAGGCAUCAUCAUUGCCGCACAACAGGUCCCAGGUGUAGCCAAAAACAUCUUCCCUACCGGCACCACCGACUCCGAGACUUUUGACUUCAAGAAAGUCACCACGAGUCUCGGCACCCUAGUCACGCAAUUCAGAACCAACUACAAGGCCGUCCUUGCUGAAGCCGAAAACGACCUCACCAGCUUCCUCGCCUUCGUCGAAAAUACCCCCCUGUCGGGCGAAAUCCCCGACCUCGACUCAGUAGUCGAUCAAUGUCUUACCUCUCUCUACACCUACGUCAUAUCGCAAGCCUACCAAGUCAGCAACGUCAUCAUCACCCGCCAGAUCGACACCGACGUCAACGCCCUUUCCAGUAACGGCACCGCUCUCAACUGGGACACGGGCUGCGGCAAGGGUUACGGCCAGUACGGCGAGUGCUCGACCUUCUGGUACGACACGGCCACCAGCAUCACCUACGCGCUCUACGAUACGCAGACCCAGACCAAGGACUUCAACACCGAGUACCAGAAUUUCUUCAACGGGUACUCGACGGGUGAGAAAUUUUUCAAAGGCGCCGAUCUCUGCGCGCAGGCGUCGCACUCGACGCAGGGCAGUCAGGCGAUCGUGGACACUUCCCCCGGCGGCUCGACGACGUAUUGCUUGAGCAACAUGCAAGUCUGCACCUGGGAUCUGACCGAGAUCAACACGCACCCGAAUCCGUUCACGGACUGUGCGUCGAACGUCGCGCCCAAGUUUUACGCCCAGGGGUGUUUGGGCGAGAUCGGAGACUUUGGCGGAGGCGCGGCGCCGGUUUGCUAUUUGGGGUGGGGUCUGCUGCGUAAUCGGAAUUACAAGAAUUCGGACCAUGAGUUCUGCGUCGCGUAUGGCGGGGGGUGA